CAGCUACACAACAAGACAACCGUCAUUUUCAGUUCAACAGUUUUCUGACAGCGGACCAGUUUGUAAUAUUGCAGUGAGUAAUGCAACAGUCAGGAGCAGACAGAGUGAGCUGAUAGAUAAAGAUCUGCAGGCGACAGAUUGCACACCUCUACCUAGUCAGACAGGUCCUUUAAAGACUCGCCCGCCACAAAAGUGCCUCACACACGGGAGCACCACCACAUGAAGCAGAGCACCGCCAACAUCACGCAAAACUAAACCUAAGAACGAGAUUUUUUACGUUUUUGUUCUAAAACAAAGAUCUGGACACGGAUCUACAGGGAUCUGAAAUGGUUCUUUCUCGUCAUUUAUGCCUGUAUGCCUCUUUGGACGCCGUUGUACAAACCCCCUUGCCAGAGAUGUUCCAGUCCUUCUCUCAGAUGACUUCUUUGUGGGACUUUAAGGCUAUUAAAGCAUAAGUAGGCAAUUCCACUAGUUUAUCGUCACCCUCAGAUGCUCUUAAGGUCUGACGUUUACUACAUGUGCCUCCGUUUACUCAGUAUAACUGCAACAGAAGUGGAUUAUUGUUUAAUCAGAGUGGAAUCACAAGGUUCACACAGCCAAGAUGAAGGCAAAAGUGAGGAUGUUUGUUGUCCUGCUGUGUGUGACUGGCAUCUGUGUGUUGAGAGGACAUGUUUCAAGAGGGUUUUCAGAACACCUCAACCAGCUCCAGGACACAAACCCCUGUGCUUGUGACAAAUGCUUAUCAGAAGAUGAUCUGUGGUCUAUGCCGCGUUUCAACACAUCUGUUGAACCAUUUUUGUCAGCGCAGUACAAUCUCUCAGAGGAUGCUUUCAACUGGUGGAAGCACUUACAGGUUGAAAGGCGCGACUUUAGUACCUAUAAAAAAACAGUGGACAGGCUGUUUGAGAUGUUCCCAUCCAGUCCAGAUGUCAUAAAACCCAGCCCUGACCUCUGCAGGAGUUGCGCUGUGGUGGGGAAUUCUGGUAAAUUGAAGCGAUCACGAUAUGGACCUCUCAUAGAUUUACAUGAUGUCAUCAUAAGAAUUAACCAUGGUCCUACCAAAGGCUUUGAAGCAGAUGUCGGGACCAGAACAACUCAUCAUGUCAUGUAUCCAGAGAGUGCCGUGGACUUGGAUAACAACACUCAUCUUGUGCUGUUUCCAUUCAAGAUACAAGAUCUCGAGUGGCUCAUCAAGGCCUUCUCUACUGGAUUUACUGGAAGGUCAUAUGUGCCAGUUAAGUCAAAUAUCAAAGCUAACAAGGAUUUGGUGAUGGUGAUCAAUCCAGCUUUCAUGAGGUAUGUUCAUGACAUGUGGCUGCAAAAGAAGGGCCGUUAUCCAUCCACUGGCUUUAUGGCUUUGAUUCUUGCCCUCCAUAUUUGUGACGAGGUACAUGUGUUCGGUUAUGGAGCAGACAAAUAUGGAAACUGGAAUCAUUACUGGGAAAAACUCAAAGACACAAAGUUUAAAACCGGAAUACAUCCUGGAAGUCAUGAGUAUGGAAUUAUCGAGGAGCUAGCUGAGCAACAAAAGAUCAAGUUUUUUACAGGGCGGAGAUCUUUCUCUUAGCAUUUAAACUAUUCAUAAACUUGAUAGCAAAUCAUUUGCCAUGCAAAACAAGGAUGAAAAGACUAACUGCCUAGCUGCACAGGGAAAAAAAUGUUUAAUGAAUGUGAAUGAUACUGUUGAGUGUUUUUAAACUAUUCAAACUGAUUCAGUGAGAUUAUCUAUAAAGUGAAAAUUGCUCACAUCAACAGAAAUGUAGGGUAACAGCUGUUCUAAGCUGAAAGCAGAAGGAGAAAAUAUUGUAUAGAAUGGAAACACAAGGACAAUGAGAGUAGUAUCUUGAAUGAAUGUUUUGCCAGCUAUUUAAGUUCUAAAAUUUGAAAAUGACAGCGUGUUACAAUGUGUAGACUAUAGUUUUUUUUCUUGAAAACUGUUAUGUGAUGACAUUUUUUACAUAACUAUUUUGUCUGCUGAAAGAUUGUGAUGGAUUAUUUAAACGUGUUAAUGACUGUGCUGAAAUGUUACCUCAUUAAAUGUAUUUAAAUACGAUGGCGCAUUAGGGUCAUUAUAGGUUAGAAAAAAGAGGAGGUGGGGGGAAAAUGCUGAGGAAAAAAAUCAAAAUUGAAGUGGUAAAUUUAUAAGAAAAACUUGGAUGUGUUAUGUUCUCACUGCAAAGUACUUUGUAACUUUGUUUUGAAAUGCGCUAUAUAAAUAAAGUUAUUGUAGUUAUUAUUCGGCAAAAGGUUUUGUCUAAAGCAAACAAAAAAAAGUUGGAAACUGUACUGCAAUUCAGACAGAAAAAAUAUCAAAACUGUGAUCAGACAUAUACAGGGUUCCAAUUGUGCAACACACUAAUUAAAUUAACAAUAAAAAUCCAAACUCUG